CAACCCUCCCUUGAUGCCUGUCCCUUAUAAUCUUGGGUGGAGAAACACUUUACGUGUACACCCUCCCCCCAUGGGUUGGAAUUUGGAAUUCCGAUUUGUUAUCUGCCACAGGUUUGAGCUCGUGCUGGUCUCCCUGGGUUCCGAAUGGAAGAACAAAGCACGCUUUUUCGGGUUUUCUUUUUUCUUCUUUUUCCUUUCUUGAGCUGAUCGCUUGAGGUGGCGGGGGAUGAACGGCCCGGACAACCUUUGGGAAACUGGAAACGUGCCUGCCUGCCUAGGCUUGUGUCUGUUGAACCAGCUCGUGUGCAGCAGCUUAGGCUUUUUUUUUUCUCUUUCCAGUGUCAAACGGCAGGUAAUAUCAAAUCGAGAAAUUACCCAAGAUACCUUACCUACUCUUGGGGCGUAGACAAGCAACUAUACUCAAGAAGAGGUUGCGGACUAGAUUCAAGCAAGAUCAGGCUUACGAUUCCAAAGAGACAGACUAUCGAGGGAUUCUUGGAAUUUGACAAGACAAGGUAACAUCAACACAAUCGGUCGCAGCAAUGCCGCGAGCAGCGCACCCUUUGACGCCUGCAUCGUCAACCGACCUCAAAGGCCAGGAUGGAGUUAAGCAGCUAGCCUCGCUACAAAUGGCAUUUGAGCUCCCGCCCCCAGCCAUCAGCAAUGGCAAACCUGGAGCUAUGACUGGUGCCUUUCAGACCAAUGUCACAGCCUCUCCACCCGCGCCUUCACCAGAGUCUCUAUCAAGUCCGAAACAGAGCCCCAGGAAAACCUCCUAUCCUUUGCAAGCCAGCGAGACCGUCAAGUCCAGGCGCAGAUCUUCGGUUGUCCAGGCCCAGGCCGCUGCUACGGCCGUGGGCGCUGGCGGCAAGAAGGAUACCUUCGCACUCCCACCACCACCAACGAGGUCACGCAAGAUCAUUCAGAUGAAGCCAAAGUCGACAGGAGCAUCGAAGACUGAGGAGAACGACCAACCACAGUCGGCAUCCAAGGGCAAAACUGGCACUUCAAAAUCGACAGUCGACUCUAAUGACACGGCAACGGCGGCGGCGACAGCAUCAGCACAAGCGCCAACGGCUACCGGCUCCCCAGUGGCGGCCAAGAAGAAGACACCUUCGGCAACCAGCGCUGCGGGUCGAAAGAUAGCUAGAAAGACUGCGCAUAGUCUUAUCGAGCGGAGGAGACGGUCCAAGAUGAAUGAAGAGUUUGCCACACUGAAGAAUAUGAUUCCGGCCUGCACUGGUGAGAUGCAUAAGCUGGCAAUUCUGCAGGCCUCUAUCGAUUAUAUCCGCUAUCUCGAAGACUGCGUCUCUAAGCUCCAGGCCCAGAGAGAAGAUCAGUCCACCCCCAUGGAGCUCGCACCACCUCCAACGACAACUGCAUUGUAUGAUGACUAUGAAAUGGAUGAGGAGGACGAGAAUCACCAUACGCCGACAGGAGCACGCACUCCUUACGAGACGGUUCUGGCCGUUACAGGUUCGACAUAUAGCUCACCAGAUGUUGAAAUGGGCGGCGGCGGUUCAGAGGUGGUUUUAUCGCCAACCUUGACUGGACAACAAUCACACACACAACACUAUAGGCAUCAUAACGCCAGUUCAAUACACUCUGCAUCAAUCUCGCCCGCGCUAAUGGCACAAGACUCACAGCGGCGCGACAGCACAUACUCCUCAGCUUCGACAGUAGCCGCCGCGGCGCUGAUAACAGCAGGGAAUUACGGACAUGGUGGACGGCAUUACAGCUUUGCAUCAACCACGUCGGCAACCCCAUCUCCAGCAUUCGGACCACAAGCAUACCCCACGAGCGGUUAUUACUCCACAUCGAGACCAGGUUCGACGCUGACCAGCCCGGCGCUGGGGCCCUUGAGGGACGAGCAGGAGGCCAGUGCGGCCGUGUUACUUAUGCUCAACAGCGAUCGUCGUGGCAGUACCACCGCCAGCACAGGGUCAUCUCCGGGCUCUCAAGCACCCGUCCCGGCGGGGGUGAGGGGGAUGAGUGUGAGGGAUUUGCUUAGCAGCUGAUGAUGCUUGCUGGAGGAUGAAGGAACAAGCAAGGAAAUCACAAUCCAAACCAAGACCCGUCAUCUCCCACGCUGUCGAUGAUUGCUAUAUUUGCAUUCUUGCUUGCAUAGUCGUCCAGAAAGGAACCCACGAAGGUCUUGGCCUACUGGUGGGGUCUCGGGGUCUCGCAUGGAAUAAAGUACCCCCUAUUCUUGGGAUGAACAUGGGUUCAAAGGCUGGACCAGCCGACUGGGUCCUUACAAGCAUUCUUCGUCGUCAAUAUCAAGCAGCGUCAGCCUCAGAAGUUACUCAGCUAGAUAUUGGCAACAGAGGCAUAAGAUGUUGAGGCCAGGCGACAUGCAUUCAUCACCACCUGCAUCAUCUCCGCACCAGAAGCCUCGAUAACCACUUAAAUAAGAAAACGGUGGUCAUUGGACACGCGUGUAUAUUUCCACGUGUCUGGGAGAGCUGAAGAACAGAAGCGAGAAACAUUGUGCAGGCAUAGGCCAUGCUCGUGAACAGCCAUGGGAGAUUAGGGCUAGAAUGAUCUACCCUAGUAUUUUUAUCAUAUAAUGUACCUGGUAAUGGUCAAAUCCAGACCAGGACAAAAUGGAGGACGCAGAUUGGAGAGGUCUGUUUAGAGCACAUUUUUUUAAAUAAUCUUGUCAAGACCUACUAUAGACUUAACAGCCUCUACUGAUAACCGAGUAAGUGCAUAACCAGGAUCUGCUGUCUGAACACUUUGUUCCCAUACGACAUGUACUUUGUACAUCGAACUUGUUUGAGAGAAACGUGUCACUGGUGGUAACUUGGCAUCACCACAACUUCUGUCACCGAGAGAAAGGUGUGGGAAGAAGGAGAAGAAGAAGAAAAAAAAAACGAGAAUAUACAUCAAAAAGCCGGUCAAUAUAAAAGGUGACUUGUCGGUAGAAUGGGUCGAUCCCCCCACACUUUAUUGGUCCCGCAUUGACAGGCAGUUUCAAGCAUCGUACGAGGUUUAACUCUUAUGAAACAAAACCCCUGCAGCAAAGGACCCUUUUUACUCAAGAAAACGGCGGAACCUUGGCACG